CGUCCUGGACAGCCCCGGCAGGCUGGACGAGGAGCACCGGCUGAUUGCCAGAUACGCCGCCCGGCUGGCUGCUGAAGCUGGAAAUGCACCUCGCCCACCAACAGACCUGGGUUUCAGCUUUGAUGCCAAUAAACAGCAAAGACAGCUGAUAGCAGAGCUGGAGAACAAGAACAGAGAGAUACUCCAAGAAAUUCAGCGUCUCAGGCUGGAACAUGAACAAGCCUCUCAACCCACCCCUGAGAAAGCCCAGCAGAACCCAACUUUGUUGGCCGAACUCAGACUUCUACGACAGAGGAAGGAUGAACUGGAACAGAGGAUGUCUGCACUUCAAGAAAGCAGAAGAGAACUGAUGGUGCAGCUUGAAGGGCUGAUGAAACUGCUCAAAGGAACGUUGCACCAGCCCGGCCCUGUCCGCGGCUUCGCUUGA